CACGUAACCCCGCCCUUUGUGGACGCUGUAACGAGCGAGCCCGUGUAUCUCCGGCAGUAUUGCAGAGUGGCGGAUCUGCGUCGUGUUCAGGCUCCUAAUGCGUCUUACAGGCAGCUGAGUCAGUCACAGGUGCGUCGACUUUAAAGCUGAGGAUCCACACGGGGAAUAAACAUGUCGAGGAACCAGAGGACGCCGCAGAAAAACACCGACACUGUGGUGGAGGUGAAAAGCAAAUUUGAAGCAGAAUACCGGCGAUUUGCACUACAGAGGAACGGCAACGUCAGCUUCCAGGAAUUCUACCGGCUGCUGCAGAAGGUGCACCAUAUUCCAGGUGUAGACGUGCUACUGGGCUACGCUGAUGUCCACGGAGACCUGCUUCCCAUCAACAAUGACGACAACUUCCACAAAGCACUGUCUUCUGCCAAUCCUCUUCUGAGGAUCAUUAUCCAGAAGAGAGAUGUGGACGAGCCUGUGGUCUUUGGGACAAACUCUCUGCAGAGAAGAAAGAAAGGCCUGGCAGGUCUGCGUGCUACCCAACAGAAGAGUAAAUCGGGUCUUUUGAUCGGCUUCCCGCAGGACUUCCGCCAGAUCUCUUCCAUCAUCGAUGUGGACAUCCUGCCUGAGACACACCGCCGUGUACGUCUGCACAAGCAUGGCACCCACAAACCUCUGGGCUUCUACAUUCGCGAUGGUGUGAGCGUUCGUGUCACCUCACAGGGCGUUGAGAAAGUGCCUGGUGUCUUUAUCUCACGUCUGGUUAAGGGCGGACUGGCCGAGAGCACAGGACUGCUCGGGGUCAAUGAUGAGAUACUGGAAGUCAACGGCAUUGACGUGGCUGGCAAAUCACUGGACCAGGUUACAGACAUGAUGGUGGCCAACAGUCACAACCUUAUUGUGACGGUCAAACCAGCCAAUCAGCGCAACAACGUGAUGCACAGAUCGAGCAAAACCUCAGCUGGCAACAACUCUGGUGGCUCAGGAGGAUCUGUGCUUUCCCAGGACUCCAUUCCUAGUCCUGCCUCACAAACUGUUAGCCAGUACAGUAACAGCAACAGUGUAUUGGAAGGAGACAGUGAUGAAGACGACUCCGACCUCAUUAUCGAGAGUGACAACUUGCUUGCCUACACGCCACAUCAUCUUACCAACGGAAAUGGCAUUGUUUCUUCUUAUGGUCAGAGGUCACUCCCACAGAGCGUCUCAUUGCCUAGUACCAGCUCUAUGAGCUCGCACAACAGCAGCCCCAAUAAGACGAGCAGCAGCCAGGAGAGCAUGAGAGAGGACGGCAACUUCAUCACAUUGUGAAACACCUCAUAAUAUUUAAUCAUAUUAAAGACUUUUAUGCACAACUAGUACAAAGUGAAGGCUACAUGUUUAUGGUACUGUACCUACUGUCACAAAACAUCAAGAUGAUGUUGAUCUCUAUAAAAACUCACCUUCCCAGCUGAAGGGGAAUGUGACCAUAGUGGAGCUGGUGAGUGGCACACGUGGCGUGGACCAUCUCCAAACUAACUAUGUGCACAGCACCCCAUGGAAGUGCCUUAUGGACUUAUGGUCGCAUUUUUACAGAAUAAAUGAACUAAAGAUCAUUCAUGUCAUACAGCAAAGAUACAUUGUGCCACAACUGAUGAAGGAGCAGCAACUAGCACACAAACACAUACUCUGUGUUGUUCACAGUGGUGUUGAUGCCUUGAUGCCUAGUCCAAUCUCCACCCGUACUAUAGUAUUGGUGGAGUCUGUGUUCUCCAUCACAUGAACUCUGCAGAAACACUGGAAUGUUUAUCUGAUGCUUCCUGCAUGUCAAAAUGGCAUAGUAGCAUUAGUAUGAUGAAGAAUGAUGAAGAAUUUAAUAACGCACCUGUAAUAGUGCGGUUUUGUUCCAUGAUGUAUGUGUUAUGCAUCUCUGAUAUCUGUGAUUUAGGCUCCAGGAAACUUUGUUAGGACACACCAUGUCAUUUUUAUAGCAUCAGUGAUACAUGUACAUUCUAGCUGUGGCUUUCCCAUUUGCUUCUCCUCUACACUAACUAACAGUCUGCCUUUCACCAUACAACCCUAUUCUUUAACAUGCCUUUGAUGGUGUAAUUUUGAGUGUAAUUUGCUGCUGAAUGUGAUUCAGCCUUACAAGUCUGUCCUAUGUUUUAAAAUUCAUAGCAAAUAGACACCAAAUGUUGCCUACCAUCUAGCAUAUUGCAGCAAAAAAGGAAGAGGAACAAUGCAGUAACCUACACCUUGCAUGAGGAAAUGGCGGAAAUCCAGUUCUAAUGAUGUUUGAAAGAUAAGUUCACACUCUUAUCAACUCCUGCUAUCAGAUUCCACUCAUUCUCACUUAGCUGUGUUCAUGUUCCUCUGCACUGAAAUUCAGCAUCUGACUCAUUUCAUUUCUCUCAAAAUACACAUUGUUUCAGAAGGAAUCCAUCUACCUAAGACCUGUCUCAACUCAAGCUGCUUAAAGAGUUCUGAACCCAGGGAUAGCUGCUUGACCCCCAGACUUGGGUGGCGUCUCUGCUUUUUGAAGCGGGCUGCCUAUAGUCGCCUACCUGGGGUUGUUAUCCACUCUCCCUAGAAAUAUAUCUAUAAUAGAUGUUUUACUCACACUGAGUCGUGCCUCAGAUAGAGAGAGGGCGCCUUGACCUUGUGUGGACCCAGCUGUCUGCGUGCUGUCUUAUGUGCUGUAUUAUUUUUUUUUAAAGUAAAUUCCUUUCAUGUUCAUAAAGGCUAAAAUUCAGCCUGACUGGGGAGCUGGUUUGUUCAGUCCUAUCCUGCUCUCUCUCUCUCUCUCUCUCUCUCUCUCUCUCUCUCUCUCUCUCUCUCUCUCUCUCUGUGUGUGUGUGUGUGUGUGUGUGUGUGUGUGUGUGUGUGUGUGUGUGUGUGUGUGUGUGUGUGUGUGUGUGUGUGUGUGUGUGUGUGUGUGUGUGUGUGUGUGUGUGUGUGUGUGUGUGUGUGUGUGUGUGUGUGUGUGUGCGCGUGUGUGCGCGUAAAAAAAAAAACUCGACAAUGAAGGAGUUGAAUCAAAAAUGUUGACUUUUCACCAACGUAAAAGUAAACGACAUUAAAAGUAGACGAAAUGUGACCAGCAAAAACACAAAAUAUGCCAAAGUGUUUAGAGACCUGUGGAUAGGUGUGUUCCUGGCAGGUGUAGUUUCAUUACUGGAGCCUUUUUAUUUCCACCUCAUCAUAUUUAUUUCCACUCUGUCACAUUAAAGUUAUAUUUAAGCAGGUCUUCAAGUUGAGAGAGGCUGCAGAACCGGGUUUGUUUUGACAUACCCAGACACAACGUCUGCAAAUCUAACACCUCUGAUUCACUGGGACAGCUGGAGUGAAUAUGAACUAAAAGAUGGACACAAUCGAAGUGGAAGGGCAUUUAAAAGGGACCAGACAGCUGGAGGGGUAUUUCUGGGAACUGGAGAUUUGUCAUCAUACUCUGAUUAGGUUAUUUAAGAGGAUUUAUUUUUAGGAGAAAUUGUUGCAAAUGCACUGGUUAUUAUUUCUGUACGGCAGUAUAAAAAAAAUUCAUAUAUUUCUCUCUGUCUCGUUAAUCAGUUUCUAAUGAUAUGAACGGCACACAAAUUGGAAUAGCAGCCACCGAAAUAAAAAGUACCAUAAACCUAAUUUUUUAUGUAUGUAAAUGUAUAUGUAUAUAUACAAUGAGAAAAUUAAUUACAAUUUUGUAAACGAGCCCUUUUUAUUAAAAGCGCAGUAUAUAUACAGUAUAUGUGUAAAAUAUGGAAAGUAUUUUUCUUAUUCUUGUACUUUUGUAUGUAUAUUGGAAUCCAGGAGAAGAUGUUUCUAUUUCUUUUGCGUGUGUGAUGAAGCAUAUAGAAAUCUGAAGAAAUCUAUGAUUUUAUCCUAAUCCGAUGGGUGGAGGUGUAUCAUACUGUGAAUGCAAAUAUGCGAAAUUUUAAAUUGUUCUAUGGAAAUAAAAGUAUUCAAAACAA